AUGCAUCGCAUGCAACCGCCCGAGGGUCCUAAUGCGUCCUCGGCCCAUGCGCCCUACGACUCAUGGCGCCCUCCAUACCAUCCAUCCUACGAACAUCAUGCUGAACCUCGCCGUUUAUCUGCACUCCAAGGCCCACCUCCCCCGCAAGCAUACCCAGGACCCGUCAUUCCAAACCGUGAACUACCUCAGCUUCCACCGGCCCAACUUUCACCAGAUGGACCUUAUGCUCGCCCAAAUGGCUUGCCAGCACCAGCACCUCCACACUCUGCUCCCGAGCCAAGUCCAGUACAUACCAGCUACCGCCCUCCCUUAAACGGAUCCCCGCACGAAGCUUCCCCUCCAGCAAUAAGCUCGGAUUAUCGUUCACGCUUGGGAUAUCAGCCCUCUGAAUCAUCGAUUCAAAGUGAAUCCACACCUCCCCUUCCGGCACAUAUCUCUUCAUCACAGUACAUGCAGGCCCCACCUAUGAUAGCUGGGGGUUCGAUGCCUUACGAUCCUUAUUACGGAAGUCAACCUCCUGGAGCUCGGCAACGAAAGGCAAAUCGAGCAACACAAGUCAGUUUCAUCUUAAUUCUGCUCCUAAAUACGAUAGUGGUUGGUGCAUAG